AUGAUCUGUGGUUUCGAGGGGCGGGAGACCAGCGUGAGGGCCGCAGCGGGGGCGGGUGGCGGGACCGGGACGUGCGGGGGGGAGGUCCGGACAGCGGCAGGGAGCCCGGGGCGACGGCUGUCCGGCGCGGCGUCCCUCCGGUUCCGCGGCGGCGGCGCCUCUAGGCCUCACGGGGGGAAGGGAGGGAGGAAGACUGGAUCCGCAGCGGCAGCAGGAGAAGGAAGGAGAAGGAGGAGGAGCCGCUGGAGCUGGAGCCGCCGCUGCCAGAGCCGCCCUUUGGUACCCGCGGUGGGUCCCCGUCAAUGCCCCUUUCUCUCUCCUAUUGUCAAUAUCACCGGGCGGCUGAGUCCAUGGCACACGCGCAACCGAACCUUCUGGCCAGCAGCGCCCGCCUCCGGCGCCCACUCACUGGAGGCUUCAAACGGGAAGCGAGGCCUCAUUGGCCCGCAUCCGCCUUCACUCCCAUGCCAGCAUGUUCGACUGAGAGCCGAUCAGGGAUUGGCGGCGGGGGGGCGGAGAAACUGGAGGGUGGGAAGAGACAAGGCCGAGGAUUGGGCUGAGGCGCGAAGGACCCGGAUGCAGCCGCGAUCUCAGGCCGCGCUCCUGCAGCUUCCGCCAGGCGGCUCCCUGAAGCUCCUGCAAGCCAUGAUAGAAGCCAGCCCAGCGUAGUCCAUGCAGGUGGGAACGCUGUCCCUGUGCUCAGCGAUCAUUUAUCCGGAUCGACUGCACGGGCCCUCCGCCGCACAGAGCUCAGGGAAACCCAGCUCCAGACUGCAGGAGCUUGCGAGAUUUUAAUGGGCAAAUUGGAUCCGAAAGAGUUUAUGGAGAAGACUUCACUCAACUCUAGCUUGAUCAAGUAAUAAAAUAUUUAGAGAUGUGUUUCCAUCCUUGGUGAGCCCAAAGCCAAAUGGUGCAAUUCCAGAUAAUGUUAUUAGGACUCUCGUUCCAUUUGAAUGCACGCUAGGUACAUCUUUUUUGGGGGGUGGGAUGGGGUGGGCUUGGGGGAGGAAGAAAGAAAUUCUUAGUGCUAACUACCAAUGUCAGAUCACCAGUUGUUAAAAACUUGGAAGACAGAGAAAAAAAUUUUUACUUAUAAUCCCUCAACCCAGAGAUAACCCCUGUUGGCAUUUUGAUGUACUUCCCUCCAGUAUUUUUUUUCUUUAAUUUUGUAUGUGUUGUUCUGUAGCCUAGUUUUUCCCCCUCAGCAUUCGAUCAUGUUUUCUAUACAGUUAAGAAAUAAACUAUGUGCCAUAUGUACAAGUAA